AUGCUUGGAAAGAUUUCUAAUGUGCAGCAUUUGGAAUUAAGCAAUGGCAUCCCCAAGGUUGUCACUGAAGCUUUUGACUACAAUACACUGUUGUUUCAUAAUUUGACCCAUUUGCGCUUGCAAAUUUGCGAUAUUCAUUGGUCAAUUUUGCUUGACUUGCUUGGCCACAUGCCUAAUUUGAAAGUUUUAGUUUUCAACAAGAACAAGGGUCACAAGAACUUGGAGUUGUGUUUGUGGAGUGGGGAACCAGAGAGUGUGCCCAAAUGUCUGUCACUCUGCGUGGAGGCAAUUGAAUUUAGUGGAUUUGCAGGGUGUAAGGGGGAAAUGAAGCUGGUAAGCGAAAUCUUCACUCUGGUUUUUUCGAUUCACUUACCAGUGGCUUUAACGAUGGAUCAAUCCUCAAAACUCAGUGAUUCUAAAGAAAAAGAUCGGAUCAGCAAUUUGCCAGACGAAAUUCUUUCUCAUAUAUUGUGUUUUAUGCCCACGAAAUAUGCUGCCCGAACCAGCUUAUUAUCUACUAGAUGGAAAUCCGUUUGGACUUCAGUCCACAUUAUUGACUUAGACAGUUUUAGUGAGAGAGGCCACAACGAGCAAAGUUCUGGCUUCAUUGAUUUUGUAGACAGACUUCUGCUUCUCCGCAAUUCCCCAAAUUUAAAUAAGUUUCGCCUUCAAUGUCGAUUUGGGUACUAUAAUCCGUAUCGUCUUAAUUCAUGA